AUGAAACGGCAGCCACCGCCGGCGUACGGGGAUGGGAGUAUGAAUCCAUAUGGAGGAGGGAGUGGACAGAGAAUGAGAGGAAAUACAGGGACAAUGAGUAAUAGUUAUGGAGGAGGAGGAGGAGGAAGGCAAGAGGGGUAUUCUAAUGUGGAGGCAGAGCAGCAUCCUGGGUAUAAAUCUUCGAAAGCUGAAGGGCAGUGGCAGUGGGAAAGAGAGUCGCGGAAUGUUCACAAUCAAUUGCCUCCUCAUGGUUUCAGUGAAGGUCAAGGGGGUAACGGAGCAAGAUCUUACUACCAUGGACCGCCACCUGAUCCCAAAAGUGGUUUAGAAAAUCAAUCCAAUAAGGAAGCUAGUAGAAUCCAGCCUCAUGAACAAGAUAUGGAACUUGGAUUUGAGGACAAUUCAUUGCCAAUGUCUUUUGAAGGUCUUGAAAGGAAGUUCUUUGAUGAAGUAAUGAAAUUGGCAAAGGAGCAAAGUGAUGCAGAGGAUGUGGAAAAUGCUAGGCAUAGGGAGAAAAUAAUUGAGAUCAAUACCAGAUACCAGGAGAAACUUUCUGCACUUCGAGUUCAACAAGCCAAUAGAAGAGAAGAGUUUCUUCGUAAGGAAUCACAAGCUCGAUUAAGUCAGUACCAGCAAUCGACCAUGGGCCACUACCCAAACACAGGUUUGCAGGAUACCCGUUGCUAUAGUGUUGCAGCUGCUGCAGGAUCCACCGGUGGCGGAGAAACACAUCGGGGUUAUGCCAGUAGUCAGUUUGAGUCCAACCGCGAACGACCUCAGUAUGGUGCGGGUGGUAGAGCUCAAGGAAAUGAGGGUAGGGUUCCUUACCCCGAGGGCCGUGUUUACAAUAAUGCUGGAACCAGAUAUUACUAGUGAUCAAACUGAAGCUCUUUGCGAGGUUGGCUACAUCUGUAAAAAACAAAAUGAGUUUAAUUCUGAUUGUUCCCUUUUUCAUCUCUUCUGUUACUAAAUCUUGUUGCUGCAUUGAUUUUUGUUUAGUAAUGUAGGAUUGCUAAUCCCCCUACUUCAAAGGGAUUUAUAGUGCUUUGCAUUUUGUGCUUGUCGUUUUACACCACCAAAAUCCCUGCCUGCCAGUAAUUUUAUUUGUAUCAUUUUUUA